GUAUAAUUCUAAAACUAAUCUAAAUGCAAUACAUUCCCCAUAUCAUGAGAGGAAAACACAUUUCAAUUGAUUGAAGGAUUGAUGCGCUUAAUCAAAAAGUACAAGGAGCCUUAUCAAAAUUUAUUAAACAUUGAGGGAUCAAAAGAUCAAGUAAAAAAUAAAACCUGACCCGAUCCGAUCCGAUCAAAAAGGAACAAUCCUCUCACAAAAAACCCUACCUUGAGAAAUUGAAGAAGGCGAUUGAUUAAGCGAUCAAUCAAAAGAGAAAAAUCAGCAAAUCUGAGAGAAUGGGAAACGCGGAGAAAAUGAUGAAUCAGAUAAUGGAGCUGAAGUUCACAUCAAAGAGCCUUCAACGGCAAGCUCGAAAAUGCGAGAAAGACGAAAAGGCUGAGAAGCUCAAGGUCAAGAAGGCAAUCGAGAAAGGUAACAUGGACGGCGCUAGAAUUUACGCCGAAAACGCCAUCCGUAAACGCAGCGAACAGAUGAACUAUCUCCGUCUCUCCUCUCGUCUUGACGCCGUUGUAGCUCGCCUAGAUACUCAGGCGAAGAUGACGACAAUCAGCAAGUCAAUGUCCUCGAUCGUCAAAUCACUGGAGUCUUCACUUAACACAGGGAAUCUACAGAAGAUGUCGGAGACGAUGGAUUCAUUCGAGCGUCAGUUUGUGAAUAUGGAGGUUCAAGCUGAGUUUAUGGAGAGUUCUAUGGCUGGAAGUACUUCCUUAUCAACUCCAGAAGACCAGGUCGGCAGCUUGAUGCAACAGGUGGCGGAUGACUAUGGACUCGAGGUGUCUGUGGGGCUUCCUCAACCAGCUGCACAUGCUAUAUCUUCUAAGAAUGAGGAGAAAAUCAAUGAGGAUGAUCUCUCCAGGCGUCUUGCUGAGCUCAAGGCUCGUGGGUAAUUGAGAAAUUAAAGAUUCUUCUGUUAAUAUAGAAGCUUUGGUAUUGCUGUAAUGUGAUGCAGCAUGUGGAGUUUCAUCUCUGCAUACUUAAAAUUAACAACUUUUAUGUACAUUUUACUCUCUAAUGUUUGCGUAAUCAAUUUGCUUUACCGAUGAGCUUAUAACA